AACAGCGAUCCCUCGACGUCAGCCAUGUUGUUGCUGUUGCACACUGAGCUGUCAGCAACAGGUUACUUUGAGGAGCAACGCUGCUAAACUUUAACAUUUAUACCACACAUUCUGCUCUCUUCGGAUAAUACACCUUUGCAGUGUGUCCGGGAACAAGUCCCCAAGUGGCGGAUGAUACCUUCAGGGCCCCCGGAAGCUCGGAAGUUGGUGUUUUUCUGGUCGUUGUGAGAGAGUGACACCCCUGCCCUGUCCUCGCUGCAGUAUUGACUGAUGACUGGGCUGUGACUGUGUGUUUUGCAGAUGGCUGCGAGCGGUAGCUGAGGACGGCGUCAGGAUUUCCCCCCCUCUCUGCCUCUGCCACCUGCAAAUAUGAAUGGUGGUCCAAGUGUAUGGGCGAUCUCUCCUGAGGAGAGGCUCAAACAUGAUCAGAAGUUUGACACCCUCUCCCCAUCAAUGGGCUUUGUCUCAGGGGAGCAAGCCCGGAAGUUUUUACUCCAAUCAGGGCUGCCUGCUUCAGUUCUGGCUCAAAUAUGGGCUCUGGCUGACAUGAAUAACGAUGGGAAGAUGGACAGGUUGGAGUUUUCCAUCGCCAUGAAGCUCAUAAAGCUUAGACUCCAGGGCACACAGCUCCCCUCAGCUCUUCCAAUCAUCAUGAAGCAGCCUCCAGUGCCCGCCCCCACCCUCAACCACCGCACCUCAGUCCUGUCCAACUCAGCUUAUGGAAUGGCUUCUGGGUCCAACAUGAUGCCCGGGACAAACCUUGCCAUGUUGACCCCUAUCUCCAUGGCAACUCCUGGACUCUCACACUUGACACCAAUGACAGGCCUCGCCCCGUUGGUUCCUACGGCAACAGGCCUGAGCCCUUUAAUAGCCCCCUCCUCCUCCAGGCCCCUGAUUCCCACCAUGGGAAACGGCACCAUGGGAUUUCUGCAACCAAUCCCAUCUGGAGCCAUGGCUGCUGGCUUACCUCGCUCUGCGUCCCCCUACUCAUCUCCGCUUGGACUCUCUUCUGGUUUAAACACGGGCUCACCGCUGCUGGACCUAGCAUCUAACAGCUCUGCCUCCUCGUCCCCCUCUGUGAUGUCCCCCAUGGGUCCUGUUCCCAGCGACUGGGCUGUGCCUCACGCCUCCAGACUCAAAUACAGACAGCAGUUUAACAGCUUGGAUAAGCAGAUGAUAGGAUAUCUCAUUGGUCAACAGGUGAGGGGUGCCAUGGCGACCACGAUGCUGACUCAGAUACAGCUGGCUUCCAUCUGGACUUUAGCGGAUGUGGAUAAGGACGGGAAGCUGAAAGCGGAGGAGUUCAUUCUGGCAAUGCAUCUCGUGGACAUGGCAAAGUAUGGACAACCACUGCCGCUAACACUGCCCACUGAACUGGUCCCACCCUCACAAAGGGGAGCAGUGAAUGGAUCCAGCUCUUCUCCCUAUGCAUCGCUGACUGAUGACUUUGACAUAGAGCCUCCACAAAAAAAUAAACCUAACAGGAGCCUGGAGGGAGAAGUUGUGUCGUUCGAGGAUAAAUUCAAAGCCAACCUGGAGCGAGGGAACGCAGAACUGGAGAAAAGACGUCAGACACUGCUGGAGGCGGAGAGGAGGGAGAGGGAGCGUCGUGCCCAGAAGGAGAGAGAGGAGCGAGAGAUGAGAGAGAGGGAGGCUCAGGAGGCCGAGGAGAGGAGGAGGAAAGAGGAGGAGAGGAGGCUGGAGAGGCAGAGGGAGCUGGAGAGGCAGAAAGAGGAAGAGCGACAGAGAGAGAUCGAAAGAAAGGAGGCUGCACAGCGGGAGCUCGAGCGCCAGAGGAAGGAGGAGUGGGAGAGGAGGCAGAGAGGAGAGCUCAAGAUAAAGAAGGAGCAGGAGAGGGAUGAUAUCAUCAGACUGAAAGCUAAGAAAAAGAGUCUUGAGAUGGAGCUGGAGGCUGUGGGCAACAAACAUCGUCAGAUCUCAGACCGGCUGCGUGACUUUCACAACAAAAAUAAGCUUCAGAAGACGGAGCUGGAUCUGUCCAAUCAGAGGAAAGAGACACGCCAGCAGGACAUUAGCAUGCUGCAGAAACAGUUGGAGGAGUUCCAGAGGAAGUUGUCCCAGCUGACUCCAGAGCAGAGGAGACUGACUGAGAAACUCAGAAACAUGUCCUUGAACAACCUGCCUGCGUCGACCGUAUCAGUGCUGACUGGGGGUGUUACGGAGAAAAAAGGGAUGUGUUUGAAAAUGCGAGAGCAGCUUGGAGUUCUGGAGAAAGAGACGGCUGCCAAACUGUCUGAGAUGGACCAGUACAACAAAGAUAUGCAGGAACUGAGAGAAAGCCAGAGAAAACAGCAGGCAGCACUUGAGAAGCUACGGAGCAUCAAAGAGGACAAACGGCGUGAACUGAGUCGAAGGAAGGAGGAGGAGGAGGCGAGGAAGAGGAGAGAAGAAGAGAAUAAACAACAGGAGGAGGAAAGAAGGCGGAGGGAGGAGGAGGAAGCUCAGAGGCGAAUUAAGGUGGAAAAAGAGCGCCAAUGGCAGGAGAAGCUUCAGAAGGACGAAGAGGGGCGUCAGAGAAGGAUUCAGGAGGAGAAGGAGGCCAAACAGAGGGAGGAGGAGGCGAGAGAGAGACAGGCCAUCGUCCAGUCCGCCAAGGAGCAGGCCGAGCGAGAGCUCAGAGCGAAGGAAGAGGCCGAGAGAAAGAGACGAGAGGUGGAGGAGAGGAAGAAGAGAGAGGAAGAGGAGCGGGUUAAGCAAUCGGAGAGAAGGAGGCAGGACGAGGAGAGGAGGAAGCUAGAGGACGAGAGGAGGCUGUUGGAGGAAGAGAGGAGGAAACUGGAGGAGGAGAGGAGGCAAGAGGAGAAAAGACGUAAAGAAGAGGACGAGCGACGCCAGAGGGAGGAAGAGAGGAAGCGGUUAGAGGAGGAGAGGAGAGAGGAGGAGAGGAGACGAGAGAAGGAUGAAGAGGAGAGGAGGAGACAGAGAGCUGCUGUGGCCGCCGUCCGAGAUGCUGAGGAGUCCAGGAAGAGAGAGGACGAGGAGAGGAGGAAGAGAGAGGACGACAGGAGGAGGCUUCAGCAGCAAGAGGAGGAAAGGAAGAGGAUAGAAGAGGAGAGGAGGAGAAAAGAGGAGGAAGAGGAGAAGAGGAAAGCUGAGGAGACGAGGAAGAGGAAGGAGGAGGUGUCUCGUCAGCAGCAGCAAGCGAGCGGAGGAGGAGGAGGAAAGGUCGACAUUCAGGAGAAACUGACGGCUCUGCUGAGAGGACUGGAGGAGAGGAAGGGAGGACAACCCAGAGCCACACAUCACAGGAAGUCAGCGGCUCUCACAUCCUUCAAAGCUCUGUACCCGUUCACUGCCCGAAACAACGAAGAGCUUAACUUCAAUUCGGAAGAUAUCAUCGAGGUGGAUGAGACAACGGAGCGGGAGGAGGGCUGGCUGUUCGGCAGCAGACAGGGGAAGAUGGGCUGGUUCCCAGAGAGCUACGUGGAGAGGGCGUCCCCAUCGGACGCAGCUAACAACGUGACGGCUGCUGCUGCUGCCCCUGCUCCUAAAUUGGCGCUCCAGUCUCAACUUUCCAAUGCGCUAGAGGCUGUCAAGGCAGCGGGAACAAAGUCUGCCUUCACACCAACACACUCACCGAACCCUGCGCCCUCUGACACACAAGGACAGCUGGUGGUGGGGAACCUGCUGGCCCAGGCUCUGUGUUCGUGGACAGCAAAGACAGAAAGCCAUCUGAACUUCAACAAGGACGAUGUAAUCCAGGUGUUGGAGCAGCAGGAGAACUGGUGGCUGGGAGAGCUGAACAGUGAGCGGGGCUGGUUCCCUAAAUCAUACGUGACCCUGCUGGGAGAAGAAGAGAGCUCAGACAUGAAGGGCUCCCCUCCAGAUGCUUCUGAGUCAAGCGACAGCCUGCAGCUUGAUGAGUACACGGCGUUGUACACUUAUGAGUCUCCGGAGCCGGGGGAUCUGACCUUCAGAGAGGGAGAUUUGAUCCUGGUGAGCAAGAGAGACGGAGAGUGGUGGCACGGCUCGAUAGGAGGCAGCUCCGGCGUCUUCCCCAGCAACUACGUCAAACCCAAAGAGGCCGAUACAUCCAGUUUAUCUGCAAAGAAGAAGCCAGAGAUCGCCCAGGUGAUGAAGGCCCACCCCUCCACCGGCCCUGAACAGCUCAAUCUGGAAAAUGGCCAACUCAUCCUCAUCCUCGGCAAGAACAACUCUGGCUGGUGGCUCGGAGAGCUGCAGGCCCGUGGCAAAAAGCGUCAGAAGGGCUGGUUUCCUUCCUCUAAUGUCAAAGUACUGGGAUCCUCCAGCGGCAAAUCCACACCAGCACCCCAACCAGUGUGUCAGGUGAUCGCCAUAUACGACUACAUAGCCGCCAACGGGGAUGAGAUGAGCUUCUCUAAAGGUCAGCUGAUCAACGUGUUUGACAAGAACAACCCUGAUUGGUGGAGGGGAGAGAUCAACGGCGUCAGUGGUCUGUUCCCCACCAAUUACGUUAAGAUGACCACAACAGAAUGUGACCCCAGCUCAACGUGGUGUGCGGACCUGAACAGCCUCGACACUCUGAGCUCACAGGAGAAGAAGAGACAGGGUUACAUCCAUGAGCUGAUCCAGACCGAGGACAGAUACGUGGAAGACUUGCAGAUAGUGAUGGAGGUUUUCCAAAAGCCUAUGUUAGAGUCAGGCAGGCUGAAUGAGGCUGAGAUGGCCAUGAUCUUCGUCAACUGGAAAGAACUGCUGGCCUGCAACACUAAACUUCUCAAGGCGCUGCGUGUGCGUAAGAAGACUGGCGGGGACAACAUGCCGGUGCAGAUGAUCGGAGACAUCCUGGCCGCGGAGCUGUCCCACAUGCAGCCCUACAUCCGCUUCUGUUCCUGCCAGAUCAACGGAGCAACGCUGCUGCAGACACGCAUCGACAGCGAGCCGAACUUCAAGGACUUCCUCAAGAAAAUUGCCACAGACUACAGGUGUAAAGGCAUGCCGCUGUCCAGCUUCCUGCUGAAACCCAUGCAGAGGAUCACACGCUACCCACUGCACAUCAAAAACAUCCUGGAGAGCACCACAGAGUGCCACUCUGACCAAGGUCCUCUCAAAGAGGCUCUGGAGAGGGCGGAGGAGCUCUGUCAACAGGUAAAUGAGGGCGUGAGAGAAAAGGAAAACUCGGACAGACUGGAAUGGAUUCAGAACCACGUACAGUGUGACGGCGCUGCAGAGAACCUCGUCUUUAACUCGCUCACUAACUGUUUGGGCCCCAGGAAACUGCUCCACAGCGGCAAGAUGAACAAGGUAAAGAGCAACAAGGAACUCUGGGCUUUCCUCUUUAACGACUUUCUGCUUUUGACUCACGCGGCUAAGCAGUUCACAUCGUCUGGGCCGGACAAACUGUUCAGCAACAAGAACAACGUACAGCUCAAGAUGUACAAGCCGCCUGUGCUGCUAAAUGAAGUUCUGGUGAAGCUGCCGGACCCCUCCAGCGACGAGCCCACCUUCCACAUCUCACACAUCGACAAAGUCUAUAUACUCAAGACGGACAAUAUCAAUGAACGGACGGCUUGGGUUCAGAAGAUCAAGGCUGCAUCUGAAGAAUUUUUUGAGACAGAAAAGAAAAAAAGGGAAAAGGCCUAUCAAGCACGAUCUGUGAAGGCCAGUGGAAUAGGAAGACUCCUCGUCACCAUCUUGGAGGCCACUGAACUGAAGCCAGCCAAACCUAACGGUAAAAGCAACCCUUACUGUGAAGUGACCAUGGGAGCUCAGAUCUUCACGUCCAGGACGCUCAACGACACCCUGAACCCCAAGUGGAACUUCAACUGUCAGUUCCACAUCAAAGACCUGUACCAGGACGUCCUGUGCAUCACCAUCUUUGAAAGGGACCAGUUCUCACCUGACGACUUUCUGGGCCGGACAGAGGUUCCUGUAGCCACCAUAAAGAAAGAGUUGGAAAACAAGGGUCCGGUGACGCGUCGUCUCCUGCUGCACGAGGUUCCUACGGGGGAAGUGUGGGUCCGCCUCGACCUGCAGCUCUAUGGCCACAAAUAGACUUUUAUAUAUAUAUAUAUAUAUAUAUAUAUAUAUAUAUAUAUAUAUAUAGAGGAUGAACUGAAAUAAUAAUGGAGUCUUCUACAGAGACGACAACAUUAGGACAUUUUAAUCCUGCAGUGUAACCAAAAGAGAACGGCUGCUUUCUGUCACCUAAACAAACUCAGAUGGUUGCCCCCACAUAUCAAACAACACUCUCCUGAUCGCGCAUCACGCCUUAAUAUUUUAAUAAUAACCAGCACUAAUAAUACCUCUUCUGAUGUCAUCUGGAUCUGCCAGUAGGCGAUCAGGGUCAGAGUGACAUCAUAUGGACCCACCAGUAAGAGACGGAUCUUUUCUUCCUGUCUCAUGACCCCAGAAGGGUAGCAGGACUGAUGCAGCAGUUUAGGCCUGAGCAGUAUGUUCUGUACACUCUGAGGGAAAAGAACAACUCCAGCGUGGCUUCCUAAACACUGCAGGCACACAGAGUGACAUGAAGCUCAAUCUGGUGUAAGAAUGUUUAGCUUUCAUAGUGAGGCUGUUAAAAAAAUAUGAAUAAAUCAGCAAAACUUUACUAUUAUCUAGACUCUUAAAUGGAUAGUUACGAUGUUUAGAAGUUGAGUUGUAUGUGGUGCUCUCUAUAUCAGUGUAUAACCUACUGUAGGUGGACAGUUUGGAGAAGCGUACAUGAGUCACGGGACAGAAGCAAAGUAUUAUUAUGCUGUGGGCAGAUGAACAAAAUGUGUUUUAGUCACCAAGGCAAAUAUAACUGCUUGAGUUCCCUGUCAGAAAGGGCUUUCUUGUGGCAAGGUAAAGUGGUUUAAAUGUUUUAAAAAUAGCAUAAACUGGUGUCUAAAUGAUGUUAAGCUGCUGCCACAGUUCAUUGCUUUAUUUCAGUGUUGUAACUCCUGUCUGCUUUUUCACUCUAGUGUAGAUAAUACACUGACCAUGGAUAAGAAGCACAUUCAACCCCAUUGAAAAAAGACCCAAACCUCUAAGACAGACAUUGGGUUUUAAGUGUCACACACUUUGCCAAGUCUGGUCAACCACGGCCAUUUAAUAAGUUGGAAUGUUUUCUUUUAAUUUACAAGAAAUGUUCAUGUUGAAUCUUUUUUUCUGAGAUUAGGUCAUGACUGCAGAUUUCAAGAGACUCUGCUCUUUGAUCUGUAAAAAUCUCUCACGGUGAAAUUAUACUAUUUGGGACAGCAGCUGGGUAGCUCUGAUCUGAAGUCAGUUUAUGCUGCAGAUAGAAGAUCUCAGGAUACGUUGUUCUGGGAUUCAUAUGUGUCACUGUAACAAUGUUGUGUUUGUCUUUGUGUCUUUGGAGUGUUAACAUUAAGUUGAAGUAUAGCAAUAUACACAUAUUAUCAGCUGAGGGCUCUUGAUGCUGCAACUUUUUACAAGUUAACUCAUAAUGUCUGGCUUUAAUGCAAGUCAUCUUUUUUAGUCUUUUAAAGUCUGUUUCUAAAAACUAUUAUUUGGGAUAAUGUGGGUCUUGUUUGUGGUCAAAUGAAUUAACUGUUUCUUUCAUGUGCAAAAUCAGCUAAGGCCAAGUAGUGUGAUUGCUAAAAGAUUGAGGUGACAAAAUGACGUUUUUGAGGAUGUUUUUUUGACAGAUUGUCAGCAAUAACAAACAUUAUUUACUCAUUUUAUUUUAGUUCUUAACAUUUUCACCCUACCACACAGACUUUUAGGUGUCAUUCUUUAGCAACCGCCUCCUUGACAGCAAUACUUUUCUCAAAACAUCCCCCUUGAAAAGGUUACAAGGAUGUCGUUUGUAAAAGCUUUUUAUUUAUGUUGUAGGUGGAUUUUUUGGUGUCUUCUGCCCUGUUUUUAUUCCUUUGUCCUUUGCAUCCAGUCCCUUUUCUAACUCUGAGCUCCUGCUGGUGCUCUGGAUAUUAACAAGAGAAGUGUUGUAUUUAUUUCUUAAUUUAUGCGUGUGUGACUAUCCAAAGGUUUGGAGCGGCUUUGCUUGCUGUGUCAUCUUGGAUAAUCAGUUGUUCUCCACUGAGUUUGUUUUGUGUGACGUCAAAUAUUAAAGAUGUGUUCAUGUUGAUACUGUUUUGAAAGGCAAUAUAACAUCUUAGAUGAUUCUCUGCGAUGAGUUUUACUGUAAAGUAGGCUAGGUCACUCGUCGUUUUGUUAGGCCUGCUGGUUUGUAAUCUAUUAUUCGAUCCACAAUACUCUGUUUUUAAGCCCUUUAUUAACGUUGAUGCCCAUUUGAAUAUGUGGAAGAUGUGCAAAUAGACUGGACAGGUCUGUGUAGAGGUGUAAAGGUUUGUCUUUUUAUUUUUGCUUUUUAUUUUCCGCAGCCUUCUGCAUUGACUGCUGCUGUGCUAACUGAGUUUUAAGGCUUCUCUAACCCAGAUUGUCUGUAACCUGCUGUCUGUACUCACUUCGGUCUACGUGUGGCGCUCUCUGAAUCAGGGUUUCUCAAGUCAAAUUAAAGACAUUAAAAGUAAACAAA